AUGAAAGAACCCAAACGUCCGAGAGUUCAGCCUAUAUUUUCCAUUAAGAAAGAUACUCUAUAUCCACCACUGAGCCUCCCACAAUCUCCUCCAACAAUGAAAGAGGUUAUGAAAUUAGUUGAAAAGUUGAUUUCAAAACCAAAGGUGGCAAGGUUCCAAAAUUCUUUUAUAAUAUAUCGAAAUGC